CACUAGCUCAUCAGGUCUCCCAGCUGACCAGAUACUGCCGAUUGUGGCGACGUGACUGCAUGGACGCGGACGAUGACGCAAGAGUCCGCGCCACUCAGUUUCCGGAAGGGCUGCGCGGCGGGGCAGCUUUACGACUUCUGGGUUAACUGCGUCACUGUGAUAGGUGGAUAAAGAAGUGUUGGGGUCGAGCUGUCUGGAAAGGUCUAGAAGCGCGCGAACCUGUCCCGAGGCCUUCUGAAUGUUUAGGUCUUCAGUGAAAUGACUCUUCAGGAAUUGGUACAUCAGACUGCCUCCCUUCAUUUGGACAAAAUAGCUGUAUGUUUUGAUGAAUGUAACAACCAGCCUCCAAUUUAUUACACCUACAAGACUCUGAUUAAUGCUGCUUCAGAAUUAUCAAAUUUUCUGCUAUUACGUUGUGAUUUUCAAGGAAUUUGGGAAAUUGGCCUCUACUGCCAUCCAGGAAUAAACUUAAUCUCUUGGAUUUUAGGAAUUCUCCAAGUCCCUGCUGCUUAUGCUCCUAUUGAUCCAGACUCACCACCAGCAUUAUCAGCUUACUUCAUGAAAAAAUGUAACUUAAAGUAUAUCCUUGUUGAAAAAAAGCUAGUUGAUAAAUUCAAAUCUUCUCAUGAGACAUUGAACUAUGACACAUUUGUAGUAGAACAUAAUGACCUAGUACUCAUCAGACUUCAUUGGAAGGAGGUUCAGGUAAACUUGAUGCCAAAUGAUAAAAGAGAGAGAUAUGAAAAUGAAAAAAUGAAAAACAGCAUGAGUUCUGGGAGCAGCAAUGAAGAGAAAUCGGAAGAAUACAUGGAUGUGAGGCUAAAGCAUUGCUUAGCUUACGUUCUUCAUACAUCAGGUACUACGGGGAUGCCUAAGAUUGUCAGAGUGCCUCAUGCAUGUAUAGUACCAAAUAUCCUGCAUUUUCGGGUCCUUUUUGAGAUCACACAAGAUGAUGUUUUGUUUCUGGCAUCACCUCUGACUUUUGAUCCUUCUGUUGUGGAAAUAUUUGUUGCUCUAUCAAGUGGUGCCUCUCUGCUUAUUGUACCAACUUCUGUCAAAGUGCUCCCAUCAAAACUAGCUGCUGUUCUCUUUUCUGAUCACAGAGUGACUGUUUUGCAGGCAACACCAACAUUGCUUAGAAGAUUUGGAUCUCAGCUGAUGAAGUCAGUUGUUUUAUCAGCUAGUACUUCUCUUCGAGUAUUAGCCCUUGGUGGUGAAGCAUUUCCAUCAUUGACUGUCUUCAGAAGCUGGAGAGGAGAAGGCAAUAAAACGAAAAUAUUUAAUAUUUAUGGUAUCACAGAAGUAUCAAGUUGGGCAACCUUUUACAGGAUUCCAGAAAAGAUUCUUAACUCUACUGUGAAAUGUGAAUUGCCUGUACAACUGGGAUUUCCGCUGCUUGGAACAGUAGUUGAAGUCAGAGACACUAAUGGUUUCACAAUUCAAGAAGGCAGUGGCCAAGUAUUUUUAGGUGGCAGAAACCGAGUGUGUUUUCUUGAUGAUGAAAUGACAGUGCCACUUGGUAUAAUGCGAGCCACAGGAGACUUUGUAACUGUGAAAGACGGCGAGAUAUUUUUCUUGGGACGAAAGGACAAUCAGAUUAAACGUCAUGGCAAACGUCUUAACAUUGAGCUUGUGCAACAGGUUGCCGAAGGACUUCAGCAAGUGGAGUCUUGUGCAGUUACAUGGCAUAAUCAGGAAAAAUUAAUUCUGUUCAUGGUGUACAAAGAAGAUUUAGUAAAGGAUUACAUCUUUAAAGAACUUCAGAAAUAUCUUCCAAGUCAUGCAAUCCCAGAUGAGCUUGUGUUGAUUGAUACUCUACCAUUUACAUCUCAUGGCAAAAUUGAUGUCUCUGAGUUAAACAAGAUUUAUUUAGACUACAUAAACCUGAAGUCUGAAAGUAAACUCAGUAAAGAGGAACUUUGGGACCAAUUACAGCAUUUGUGGAAGUCUAUUCUCAGUCUUUCAGAAGAUCCCUUCAAGGUUCCUGAAGAGUCACUGUUCUUAAACAGUGGUGGAGAUUCCUUAAAGUCCAUACGGCUCCUCAAUGAGAUUGAAAAUUUGGUUGGCACAUCAGUACCUGGGCUUCUGGAAAUUAUUCUCACCAGUUCCAUUUUAGAAAUUUACAAUCACAUCCUUCAAACAGUGUUUCCAGAUGAAGAUCUGCCAGUCAGCAAGGGUUAUGUCACAAAAAGAAAAUUCAGUGACUUUAAUCAAGGAGAAACCAGUGGAAAAUCUGACAUGCUUUUAAAUUAUGAUGAGAUAAAUGCUUGUAUUGCACUAAGCAGAGGGAAUCAGAUCUUGUCUCUGAAUACUACUAGGUUUUUAACUAAGUUAGAACCUUGCCCUUCAGCCUGUUCGUCAAGUUUAAUUUCACAGACUGAUAUUUCCAAUAUGAAAAACUCAAAUCCUCCAACUCUUAUGGCAAAGUUAGAGGCGCCGUCCUGUAUUGCGAAAGAUUCUGAAGAUGAGAUAGCUAUCGUAGGGGCUGAGAAAUUGGAGUUACAUGUGAGGUGGAAGUCAGACACAGGCAAAUGUGUAGAUGCUUCACCUCUGGUUAUAAUACCAGUUAUUGAUAAGUCAUCUGCAACUGUUUACAUUGGCUCCCAUUCUCAUAGAAUGAAGGCAGUUGACCUUUACUCUGGGAAGGUGAAAUGGGAACAGAUUUUGGGAGAUCGAAUUGAAUCUUCUGCAUGCAUAUCUAAUUGUGGAAACUUUGUUAUAGUGGGCUGUUAUAAUGGGUUAGUUUAUGUUUUGAAAAGUAAUAGUGGAGAAAAACACUGGAUGUUUGCCACUCAGGAUGCUGUCAAAAGCUCUGCAACCAUGGAUCCAACCACAGGACUCCUUUACAUCGGAUCUCAUGACCAGCAUGCAUAUGCUUUGGAUAUUUAUAAAAAGACGUGUCUUUGGAAGUUAAAAUGCGGAGCAACGGUUUUUUCUUCUCCUUGUUUGAGCCUGAAUCCAUAUCACCUGUAUUUUGCUACACUGGGAGGACUUUUGCUCGCUGUAAAUCCUGCCACUGGCAACAGAAUAUGGAAAUAUUCUUGUGGUAAACCACUCUUCUCUUCUCCACGGUGUUGUCUCCAGUAUAUUUGUAUUGGUUGUGUAGAUGGGAAUUUACUCUGCUUUACUCAUUUUGGAGAACAGGUUUGGCAGUUCUCUACUAGUGGACCAAUUUUUUCAUCCCCAUGUACCUCAGCAUCAGAGCAAGAGAUAUUUUUUGGUUCCCAUGAUUGCUUUGUCUAUUGUUGUAACAUGAAAGGUCACCUUCAGUGGAAAUUUGAAGCUACUUCAAGGGUAUAUGCAACACCAUUUGCUUUCCCUAGCCACAACCACAGCAAUGAAAUGUUGCUGGCAGCAGCAUCUACUGAUGGGAAACUGUGGAUCUUGGACUCAAACAGUGGACAACUGCAAAGCGUAUAUGAACUUCCUGGAGAAGUCUUCUCUUCUCCUGUGGUCUGGGAAUCAAUGCUUAUUAUUGGAUGUAGAAAUAAUUAUGUUUAUUGUCUGGAUUUAUUGGGUAGCAAUCAAAAAUAAUCAGGAUGCAAUCCUUACCAGCAUGUAUCUUGUGAUAUUUGGAAAUAUUUAUUUUACAAUUAUAGAGCUCUGUGGAUAGUCUCUUAUUUAUAUUAA